GGGCACACCUCCCCUCCUUCUCCCAACUGCCUGCUCGCCUCGGGAGCUCGCGCAAGCGGCGCGUAAUUACCAUUUUGCCAUCGCCGUCGUCGUCGUCGUCGUCGUGUCCUUACUUCUUCCGAUUUCCACAAGCCCUCACUCGAAAAACGUCUCUCUCUCUCUCUCUCGCUUCUUUCUCUCUCUAAAGCUUCUCUCUCCACCGGCCCUCUCCGCCGCGCAAUUCCGGCUCCGGCGACUCGCCGACGCUCCUCGUCGCCGAUCGCGCUCCUUCGCUCAAUGUGACAGGACCUCUCUCGUCGGGGAGUUUCGUCGGUUUUUUUCUCCCUGGGGGCCAGUACCGGCGGGGAACAGAGAUGGCGAUCGCCGACCGGCAGAAGCCGAAGGGGUUCCGCCUGUGCCCGUUCUGGCAGUCGACCAGCGUGAACACGUCGUCCUCCUCGUCCUCCACGCAGAACCUCCACACCAGCAAUGCCUACCACGACCGGGACCUGGGCCAGGCCGCCGGCCGCCGCCCGGCGGACGGAGGAUCGCGCGCGCGGCCCGGCGGCGGCGGCGGCGUCGGCUCGUCGUCCGGCACGGUGUCCUCGGUGGCCAGAUCGCUCCUCCCCGCCCGGCGCCGGCUCCGGCUUGAUCCGGCGAAUAGCCUCUACUUUCCCUAUGAACCGGGGAAACAGGUGAGAAGCGCGGUCAGAUUGAAAAACACGAGCAGGUCACAUGUAGCUUUCAAGUUCCAAACCACUGCACCAAAAAGCUGUUAUAUGCGUCCUCCUGGUGGUACGCUUGCUCCUGGUGAAAGCAUUAUAGCUACAGUCUUCAAGUUUGUGGAGCAGCCAGAGAAUAAUGAAAAGCAAGUGGACCAAAAGAGCAAGGUGAAAUUCAAGAUAAUGAGCCUGAAAGUCAAAGCAGGGAUAGACUAUGUGCCUGAACUGUUUGAUGAACAAAAGGAUCAAGUGACAGUGGAGCGAAUUUUACGUGUUGUCUUUUUAGAUGUCGAGCGCCCCAGUCCUGCAAUGGAAAAACUGAAUCGGCAGUUGGCAGAAGCUGAGGCUGCUCUUGAAACUCGCAAGAAACCUCCUUCAGUAGAAACAGGAGCUCAAGUUGUGGGAGAUGGUCUUGUAAUAGAUGAAUGGAAGGAGCGGAGGGAGAAGUAUCUGGCUCGACAACAAGUCGAAGCUGUAGGAACAGCAUAAAAGUCAUUUGAUCUUGCUUGAAAGAUCAUCUUGGUCCAAAUUGGAAAAUGUCAAAUCAACCUCUCCAUUGCACAGGCUUGAUGGGUGGUAACUGAAACUAAGGAAGGGGGUGAUCUGGCUUAAGGGGCAUCAUGUAGAGAAAGAGUGGCUUCUAGGAUGCCUCCAGUGAUGGCUUUGUAAAAUUAUUGAACAGAAGGAUGCAAAGUCGGGGAUAUCAGAGUUUGGGCUGUGGUUACUUCCAUUGGAUUUUGCUGUGUCACGAAGAAUAAUAAUGUCAGAAUAUAUCGGAAAAUGUAUGUAGGUGUUUUUUUCCUCUGGAUUUGAUUCUAGAAUCUAGGUUAGAUAUUGUGUGUGUAUUUAAUGGCUCAUGUUCCUUUUGAAAUUUUACCGUCACAUAUACAUUUUUCCACCUGUCUCGAGUUGUUAUUUCCUCCGUCACAUAUACAUUUUUCCACCUUUCUCGAAUUGUCAUUUCCUUCGUAUAGCAAUGACAAGUAAGAAUGCAGCUUAAUUUUUCUGAA